AGUCCUUCCCAAUAUACAACAAAUAGGCCUCAUUCUAAACACAUUUUUUUUUAACCAAACAAGUACAAAUAGUAAGAGACAAAAUUAUGAUAUACAGACUGCAGGAAGGAGGACAGCUGAUGACAGUAUGAUUCUUGUUUCUGUUUGUACUGGGGCAUUCUCUAACCAAUGUCACUUUCCUUCCACUGAUUCUUCUUAUAAGAACAUCUGUCUUGACAAGCAGGCAAGAUCAGGACAGAGAAACGUUUCAGGACAGUGUAAUUAUGCUGAUGUCAUUCACUGGUGGCCUGCCAUCUGCAACCACUGGUCAAACCCUAGAACAGGCUUCCUAGAGAGGGGUCACUCCCAUGGUCAGGCAGUGGGACUAGAUGAUCAUUAAGAUGGUAUGUUAUAACGAGGCUGAUGAACUCUCGCCCAUUAUUUUCUUACACGGUUCUUAAAAAGAAUCAGGAGAAAAAUCUGUUACAUGCUGCUCUUUCUUCAGCUCAGAAAAGUAUGGGCAUGCCAAAGCCAUACUCAAAACAGAGAUGCUGAUAUGGGAUGCUGUAACAGACAGAAGUGAACUCUGAGGAAAAAAAGAGCUUCUUUUCAGUGGUCACAAUAAGUAGCGGUUUAGAAGGGGGAAAAAAGGAUAUUAGAAUUCCAACGGCAAAAUAAAACUAUUUUACACCUAUAUGCAAGAGACAUUUGCAAAACCAGUCAUCUGUGCAGGAACACGAGGCCAGGAAAACUGCCAGGUUUUCCAAAUGUGACCUGCUGUGCAAAUGCUGAUUAGGCAAGUUAAAGCUGUCUGGGGUGAAUUUAUGUUCCCUGUUUUCCAGGACUCCAAAUAGCAUUGCUUUACUUACAGAAACCGUGUCAAACUCCAGAUUAUCAUCUGACAAGUUUUCAAGAUUUUUGAAAAGUUCUGUACAGCACAAGUCCUUUCUACUUGCAAAAUAAGAAACUGAGGCAAAAGUAUAUAACCAAAAAUUUUAAGAAGGAUUAAGUCCUGGUUACUUUGUUUGAAUCUUUUGCAGAAACAUCUAUGGUUUAUUUCACAAAAAACAGAAAAAUACAAAUGACAACCAUAUCUCUUCUCAGUAUGAAUAAUAAAGUAUGCAUAUCAAGCAUUAUCUUGACAUUAAAAAAAAAAAAAUCUCUUAAAAGUCAGCAGCUGCCUAGAAUCAUAAAACAGUUUAGAUUGGAUGGGACCUUAUCUUCGUCUUACAGAGCAAGUCUAGUUUCAACAUUAGAUCAGAGUGCUUAUAGCCUUACCUAAAACAAAACUUAAUGUAUUUCCAGGAAUGGAGAUUCUACCACCUAUUUGGGUGACUGCUUUAGUCCUCAGUCACCCUCACAAUUAAUUUUUUUAAUAAAACCCAGUUUUUUCCUGAGGUAAUUUGUAUCCACCAUAUACUUUCACUGUGCACUUCCAAAAAGAAUUUAUCUUCUUUCCAAACACCCAUUAAGUAGUUGAACAUGUCCUUCUUUACCUUCUCACCUGGAGACUACACAAACUUCACUCUUCCUGCUGCUCUUCAUUCAUUAUGUCUGCCAGCUCCAGUUAGCCAUGCUGGGUGUACUCAGCUGGACUCACUCCAGUUUCUCACAGCUGUUACUAUCACCAUUUCAUGUAACUUAAAAAAAUUACUGUAUCAAAGAUGACCAAACAGUAAAGUGAUAGAAACUUAAAUACUGAAUGAUUAUUCCAUGAGAAAUCUUUUACAAGCAAAGAAAAACACUAUGGCAACACCACCUUGGUUAAAAAGUAUCUGACUUUAUACACUGAAAAAACUCCAUACUGCAUUUUUCAUUAAUUUUAUUUAAGAAAACUAGGUUGCAUAUACACAUGAGUAUUAAAAAUCAACAACAAAAAGGUUUUAGAAAUACACAACAUCAAAGUCCUGUUCAAGUAGCUGAUAAGAAAGUGGUUUGUGACAUGGGUAUUUCUGGCAGCAGUGACAAUGCAAAGCUGUUUCCAAGUCUACUGUUGCCUACAGAGUUCAAGUAUUACCUUAAUUUUUGAGAGAUUAUGAAGGCCUCAGCUGUCCACCUUGAAUAUGAAUCUGCAUGGAGAACUAAGUUGGGGCAAUUUCACCAAAGGGCAACUGUUGCAGUAUGCCAGUAGACACUACCAGCUGAUUUAAAUCACCAUGCAUUGUCACUGUCCACCAUGCACAUAUGCAGCUAUUUUUCCCCUUUCAAGAAAGGACUCUGAAUUGAGAUGACUAGGCUGAGGGUAGAGACAGUAUCUCCAGUGAGAGUCACAGUAAAUGUUUCAGUUUUAAAUUCUACUAGUCCAAACAUGUUUUACUGCCUAUAACAUCUGAGUAGUAGAGUUUUUAACUUACAGUUAUUAAGGACCAAUGUAAAAUAAGUUUUUCCUUUUUUUUUAAGCAAUGGAGAUUCAAUACUACUGAAUAAAGUAAAAUUGUUACAUGUCACCUAAACUGUAUCUCUUGCAAUGUAUAUGCUGUUCUAAAAUACUGCAAAGUAACAGUUUGAUAUUUUUAGAACUUUUAGCAGCAUUAAAACAUAUAUUGACUUACAUUACAUUUACAUUUAAAGGUUGUAUUUUAACGGUAAGAAAUGGAAAGUGUAAUUCAUAUUUAAAUGAAAACGCCAAUCUUGGAAACUUUUGUGGUAUUUGCCUGGAGGAAAGGACUCUUCAAAUCCUUGUAUUUACCGCUUACUUUCUUAUGGUUCUUGGCAGGCUUUAGAUGAACUAGCAACUAGUCACUACAGUUUUGACCAUAGAAAAAUACAACUACUCCCCAUGAUAUCCCCUUUAGUCAACACAAGUUGAUGCUGGACCUCAUUUGUACACAUAGUUACUAUGUACUAUUUUCUGAGUUUUAGAAGAGAUGGUAUUUUGUAAAUCCACACUGUUUUCCUACUCAUCACUGUUAAAUUUAUUUUAUAACAGAUUUUACGAAGUUCUUUGCAGAAGAAUAUUUGACUGGAACUAGAGGAUCAUGAUGACAACAAGAUUCAUCUGUUUAAUACUAGUAACUGUUGUGGGAGUUACUACAAGUGAAACACAGGAAUUUGAAGGCAAUGACAAGGAAAAAGCUCAAGAAUUCAUUUAUAUGAAUAGAUAUAAGCGUUCCAGUGACACACAGGACAAAUGCACUUACACCUUUAUUGUACCUCAGCAGAGAGUGACAGGUGCCAUUUGCGUUAAUUCUAAGGAGCCUGAAGUUCUGCUUGAAAACAGGGUAAAUAAACAAGAAUUACAGCUACUUAACAAUGAACUUCUUAAACAAAAGAGACAAAUAGAAACUCUCCAGCAACUGGUAGAGGUGGAUGGUGGAAUUGUUAAUGAAGUUAAACUCUUAAGAAAAGAGAGCAGAAAUAUGAAUUCUCGUGUCACACAACUCUACAUGCAGCUAUUACAUGAAAUUAUCCGAAAACGUGAUAAUGCCUUAGAACUUUCUCAACUUGAAAAUAAAAUUUUGAACCAAACUGCAGAUAUGUUGCAGCUUGCAAACAAAUACAAAGACUUAGAGCACAAGUAUCAACAUUUGAUGUCAAUUGCCAAUAAUCAGACAAUAAUAAUUGCCCAGCUGGAAGAACAUUGUCAAAGAAUGCCAUCCAUAAAGCCACUGCCACAAACUCCACAACCACCAAUUAAAGUGUACCAGCCUCCUACUUACAAUCGCAUUAAUAAUCAGAUAUCUACUAAUGAGAUUCAAAGUGAUCAGAACUUAAAGGUUCUGCCACCUACCUUACCAACCAUGCCUGCAGUUACUAGUAUUCCAACUUCAACUGAUAAACCAUCUGGGCCCUGGAGAGACUGUCUACAAGCAUUAGAAGAUGGCCAUGACACAAGCUCCAUCUACCUUGUAAAACCAGAAAACACAAACCAGCUUAUGCAGGUCUGGUGUGACCAACGGCAUGACCCCGGUGGCUGGACUGUCAUUCAGAGACGGCUGGACGGCUCUGUAAACUUUUUCAGGAACUGGGAGACAUACAAGCAAGGAUUUGGUAAUAUAGAUGGAGAAUAUUGGCUUGGAUUAGAAAACAUUUAUUGGCUAACAAAUCAAGGCAACUACAAACUGCUCAUAACAAUGGAAGACUGGUCAGGUCGAAAAGUAUUUGCUGAGUAUGCCAGCUUCAGACUGGAGCCAGAGAGUGAGUACUACAAGCUGAGAUUGGGACGCUACAACGGCAACGCGGGAGAUUCUUUCACUUGGCACAACGGCAAACAGUUCACCACACUAGACCGGGACCACGAUGUAUAUACAGGUAACUGUGCUCAUUACCAGAAAGGAGGAUGGUGGUACAAUGCAUGUGCUCACUCAAAUCUCAAUGGAGUCUGGUAUCGUGGAGGACACUACCGCAGUCGAUAUCAGGAUGGUGUUUACUGGGCUGAAUUUCGGGGAGGAUCAUAUUCACUAAAGAAAGUUGUUAUGAUGAUAAGACCUAACCCUAACACAUUUCACUGAAAUACUUCUUCUCUUGGUUUGCUUUCUUGUUCUAGAAAUCAUAUAAAGCUAUGGUUUUAUUACCUGAAUUUAUCUUUUCAGAAAUGAGGAAUGUAAGAUACUGUACAUUUAAUGGUAAGGUAUGAGAGCUUGUAUAUUAUAUUUUCAAGAAUCAUCCCAGGAAAAAGAGCUGAAGAAAAGGAACUGUAAUAACAGUUCCUAUUGGUCCUAUUGGAACUUGCAGUUUAGAUGAAAACUGUAGAUAAACUUCCUGGUUUUUAUUCCCUGUAAAUUAAGUCUGGAUGAUAAAAAUAUUGCCACCACAUUUAAGUAUUUUUGUAUGUUAUGUAUAAAUAUUCUCAAAUACAGGAAAUAUUACAAACUGUACAGCAAGAGUUUAAUUAUUAUUAUUGUUGUUAUUAUAAGCCAUCAUUUGACACAGGAAUCAUAUCCUUUGAACUAUGUAGCUGGUAUAUGUACAUUAGUGUGAUCAUUAUGUAAUCUUUGUUAAUUACCAUGAAUAAAGUUAGCACUAUAUAAUUGUGUUUUGAGAGCAGAUACUCAAACUGUUAUUGUCCUGAUAAAUCUGGCCUUUUCCCUUCACUAUUAUUUAAAUAAUCUGGUACUAUAAAAGUUCACUAUUAAUUCAAAUAUUUUAGAUUAAAAACAUGAAUUAUUUUCUUACCAAAAUGAAGUAGCUACUUGCAUAUGGAAAUGAAUCCAGAUUUAUUAUAGGUAUUAUGUGCUCUAUAGCCAACAUGUUAUACUACACAACUGUUACAGUAUUUUGUGCCUGACUUCAAUGAUUACCUUGUGUGUAGCCUCUAUAAUCAGAAAUGACUGGAUAUAAAUUAAAGGGUCUAUCCAACUUUGCAGGCAAAUGAUGGAUACCAGUUUAUAAGCUAUUUAAUAGCCUUUAGAUAAAAAAUUAUAUAGAGAACUUAUCAGUAGCAAAAAAGUUAUUUUUAACAUAUUUGACAAUUAUUACUAUCAAAUUAUUAAACAGAUUUACUCAUUUAUAUUUAGAGGUCAGUCACACUUAUGAAAUACAGACUGGCAUAAUUCAAAUAUUCUUCUGAAAUAGGUUUCUAUAACAGAUUGCUAACACACCCAUUACAAUCAAACUACUACAAAAAUACAAGUUAAAGAAUGCAUAAAAGAAGCAGAAUAAAAGCCUCCAGAAGCUCAAUAUAUUUUUUGGUCAGCCUGUAUGACACUGAGUGUUUGUGUGUGUGUGUUCCCUUAGUACCUCAUCAUAUCUUUACCACAGUAUGAUGUGUAUGUAGCGUGUGCUGUAUAUAACUAAAAGUAGGGUUUAUAAUAUAUUAGAUUACCCCUGUAAUAUUGUAACCCUUAAUAAAGUAACAAAUGUUAUUUUGA